AUGGCACCGAUAGAACCCGGUCCCGAUCCGAACAAGAGCUUCCGCCAUGGGCCCGCCUUCGAUCGACCCAUACUGCCACGGCCUGUGACUAUUUGCGAUGAUACCAACACCCAGUUUAACGAGGAUGAACUUGCCGUCUUCAUGCAGAAGCAAUCUCCAAUUUUCCGUCUUCCCCGUGAGCUGAGAGACUAUGUCUACCAGGAAGCCAUGCACGGAAACAUCGUUCAUCUCACCGUGUUCCGUCUCGGAGACAAGAAGAUUCCGCGGUUGAGUAACUGCGUCUGUCAAAACUCAGACCUCACCAUCACACAUUCCGCCCAUAAAGAUAUGUGCCUCAACUAUCACGGAAAAGCCUUGCUGAACCCGUGGCAUGGCCAAAACUUGCUAGGUCCACUGCUAGCAUGCCGUCGUCUGUACCAAGAAACGUCCCAAGGUCUGUACAAAUACAACACCUUUACCAUUGAUAACCAGCUCCAGGGCAGCCGUCUGGACGCCUUCAACACCCUCCCCAGCGCCCUGCUACCCCGGCAUUUCCAAUCCAUCACCACGCUAAGCAUCUCCGCCAACUACUACCCCAACACCUGCAAAUGCCAGAUCAUGCGGGAAUUGCCUGUCAUGUACGCCGCCUUACGGCAGAUGCGGGGGCUGCGCGUAUUGACGUUGUCCAUAUGGUCGCGUGAGCUGUGCCAUUUCCAUUGGAUGGAGGACAAGAAGGAAUUGCUCGAUCCUAUGCUGGAUAUUUACCCGCAGCUGGAUGAGUUGUUGGUGUCUUUAUUGGCGGUGGCCGAGUCGGCUUGGUUGAAGGAGUAUAGAGUAAAAAUGCCGAGGGCUACGUUGAUUGGCAAUGAUCAGAAGAGGAAAGAUGAGAAGAGAUUUGGAAUGAGGUUUGUUCCGCCAAGGGAUCGGAGUACGGAGUAG